AUGGAAGAGGAUCCCAAGAUGAUCAAGAUAGGAACGUUGAUGGAUAAGGAUAGAGAAGAAACAUUAGUCAGAAUGCUCAAGGAAUAUCCUAACAUCUAUGCAUGGAAGCUAGGAGAUAUGCUAGGGAUCGAUCCCGAAGUCAUAAAACAUGAACUUCGGACAAAGCCAUGCACAAAUCCAGUUAAGCAGAAAUUGCGCAAGGUGGCGCCGGAAUAUCACCGGGCAGUAGAGAAGGAACUUAGCAAACUCUUAGACGCAGGUUUCAUAAAGAAAGUCAGAUAUCCGACCUGGAUUUCGAACAUGUUCAUCGUCCCGAAAAAUAGCGACGGGGUAAGGGUAUGCAUCGACUUCACCAAUCUCGACAAGGCGUGUCUGAAGAAUAGUUACCCGCUCCCAAGCAUCGACCAAUUGGUAGAAGCUGUAGAAGGCCACGAAGAACUGCCAUUCAUGGAUGGAUAUUCUGGUUACAACCAGAUAGCCCUAGCAGAAGAAGGGAAGGUGGCAAGAAUAGCAAAGUGGAAUACACAAUUGGAGAAAUUCAAUAUUAUUUACGAGAUCCAAACCGCCCAAAAGUCACAAGUCUUGGUGGAUUUCCUUGAAGGCUUACCUUUGGACAAUGGCAAAGAAGUGAAGGACAUACCAGGGGUGGAAGAUGAUGGAAAGGAUCUGAUCAAUGUACUCGAACCCUCAAGCCAAAGAAGACGGGGUCUUCGUCGACGGAUCUAG